AUGCAGAUUUUUCGAAGUAGCCUGCUCCGAUUGGGCCUCAUUGGUACACUCGUCGCUCAAGUGUUCGCCCUCGACAUCGAUUUCCUGAAGGAUGACGGAUCCUUCAUUGAGACUACUUCGAUUCGUCCGGGAUUCGUUGUGACGAAGCUGCAUGUCCCCCACGGGACGACGAAAAUCAGGGUCAGAAAUAUGGCUGCUGGCACAUAUGUCGCCCAGACCUUAGCUUUGUGGUCGCAGGAAGAGGAGGCUAAAACGUACUGCGAUAAGCAGAUCAACGGCGCCGAAAGCAAUCACGACGAGGCAUUCGACGACAUGGAAGCAACCGUCAUCCCCAGUGAGGAAGGCAAUGUCGUUAGCUUUCAUGAAGCCAACAAGUACGCGGUUGUAGUCAUAAGGUAA